GACGGGCACUCUUAUUCUCCGGCAUGAUUAUCUAAACAUUUAAACAUUUUGUCUUGAAAAAUAAAUAAAAAUGAACCUUAACGCGAGAGUUGUGGUCAAUAGAUUGGCGCAGCAGUGCGCCUACAAGCGAAUCGUCACAUUCUCGACGAAGCCUGCGGAACAUGCUGUUCAAGCCCAAGAUGAACCAAAGAAUGUCCAGGGCUUACCCAUCACGGCCUCGCAGACAACCCCAGUACUGCCCACCACGACCCGCAAGCCCAUCAUUCCGGCCAACUAUCGGUUCGUCUAUCCCGAGUUCCUACCAGAUCCGAAGGUGGAGUGGAGGAACUCCAUUCGCGAGAAGCUGGAGCGCCUGGACAUGUUGGAGCGGCGGAAGCAGAUCGAUCUGCCUGAGUUCUACGUUGGAUCUGUGUUGGCUGUGACCAGCUCCGAUCCCCACGCCGCCGGCAAGACCAGUCGCUUUGUGGGCAUCUGCAUCAAUCGGGAUCGGUGCGGUCUGCGUGCUCGUUUUGUCCUGCGCAAUGUGAUCGACCACCAGGGCAUGGAGGUGGUCUACGAGCUGUAUGACCCUACCAUCCAAAAGGUGGAGGUGCUGCGACUGGAGAAACGCCUGGAUGACAGCCUUUUCUAUCUGCGCGACGCGCUGCCCGAAUACAGCACCUUCGACGAGAACAUGGAGGUUGAGCCUCUGGAGGAAGGCGCUCCGGUACCGGUGAAUGACAUUAAGGUUGUGCUCCGUCCCCGUCCGUGGCUGGAGCGUUGGGAGCGACAAAAUCUUCGUGGUGUGGCCAACAUUGAUCAGUAUCUGAAGGACAAACAUCGCCAGUCAUCGGCCAGAGUGCAGAAGCCGUGGGAGAAGUACGAUAUGAUGAAGCACUAUCGUUCGACGAUUGCGGAGGAGGAGCAGACGGAAAUCUUUGCCGAGGUGCACACGGAACUGCACACCCUGGAGCUGCAGCGCAAGCGAAACAAGCGGAAGCGCACUUUCGUGAAGCCCAAGCACCUGGCGUAGUUUCCCAUUGUUGUCCAUUUUUGUAGAUUAAUAAAUACGGAAAACUGUUUGAA